GUUCCCUAGUACAGAGAGGAAUUAAGGAACAGACUUGAACUAACUCAGGAGGCUGUAGCUAGCCCCAACAAAUGAAGACAGAUUAUUUUUCUUAAAUCUUAUUUUUGCAGCAUCUUAUGCUAUGCAGCAUCCAGACGGAGAAAGGAAGGGGGCAGAGAAUCAGCCAACAGCAAUGAAGGAGGAGGAGGAACAGCAACCCAUAACUCCUGAUGGAGGAUGGGGAUGGAUGAUAGUGCUUCACUUCUUUCUGGUAAAUGUGCUCGUGAUGGGAAUGCUGAAAACCUUUGGAAUUUUCUUUGUGGUCUUUCAAGAAGAGGUGGGAGGCUCUUCAGAACAAAUCAGUUGGAUCGGCUCCAUCAUGUCCUCUCUCCGCUUCUCAGCAGGUCCACUGGUCACUAUAGCCUGUGGAAAGCUGGGGGACCAGCUGACCUCCAUCAUUGGGGCAGGCCUAGUUAGCACUGGUUGUCUGAUCAGCACACAGGCCACUAGUAUCUCCUUCCUGUGUGCGUCUAUGGGACUGCUAUUGGGGCUGGGCUUUGCUUGCUUGUAUCAAGCAGCUGCUGUGAUGACUGCCAGGUACUUUAAAAAGCGACUGGCUCUAUCCAAUGCAAUUGCACGCUCAGGAAUGGGACUGACAUUUGUACUAGCACCUUUCACUCAACUUCUGAUAGAUUUUUAUGGUUGGCAAGGUACCCUACUGAUCUUUGGAGGGAUCAUGUUAAACCUUGUGCCUUCUAGUAUGUUACUGCGACCUAUUAUCAUCAAGAAUCUCCAGGACUUUUCUGGUAGAAAUGUAGACAGUGGAUCAUUAACACAAAGUAAACAUCCAGCAACUCUUACAAGCCACCUAGAUGAAAUCAGUACCACAGAAACACAGUUUAAUACUAGACUGGAUUCUCCUAUGCAAGAUUCCACUGUCACAAACAGGCUCCAGUCAGCUGGAACAUUAGGAUCACUAGUUCCAGUGAACUCUGCUGGUCUGGAAGGGCCUGAGAGAGAAACCUCCAACUGCUACUCUCCUGAUGGAGGCAGUGACAGAGACUGUGGCUAUAACAACCUUCCACUGCAAAAGGAAUGGAAUUCCCACUUAUGGCCAGUUCCCAGCAGGCAGCCUCUUCUUGAUUUCUCACUGCUGAAAGAUCCCUUCUUCUGUAUUUUUGCCUGGUCAUUUUUGUUCAGCCAACUGGCCUACUUCAUUCCCACCUUUCACCUGGCAGCAAGAGCCAAAACCUUGGGCAUAAAUGGCAUGGAUGCCUCUUACCUCAUUUCAGUGGCUGGGAUUACAGAGACAGUCAGCCAAUUGCUUUCUGGUUGGAUUGCUGAUCAGAACUGGAUCAAGAAGUAUCAUUACCAUAAGACUUACCUUAUUCUGUGUGGCAUCACUAACCUGCUGGGUCCUCUUGCCACAUCCUUUCCAUUACUUAUGGUCUACACCAUAAGCUUUGCCAUAUUCUGUGGUGGAUACCUGGCUCUGCUGCUCCCUGUACUGGUAGAUCUUGUAGGUGUCCCCAGACUCCACAGUUCUUUAGGAUUUGCCUCAUUCUUCGCUGGGAUAGCAACCAUCGCUGGACCUCCUAUAGCAGGUUGGCUGUAUGACUACACUCAGACAUAUGCCUGCUCCUUUUUCUUUGCUGGAACCUGUUAUCUCAUCGCACCCAUUUCCUUCUUCUUUGAGCCUGCAGCCCAUCAGUGGAAGCUACGGAAAGAAGCGGAGUUGAACAAAGUGAGCACUUAGGGGCGAGGCUCUGCUGCAGUUGAAAGAAAAGAAGCCUGACUUCAGUAUAUGAUCAGAAGGUGAUAAUUAGGACAGACUUUUCACUAAUUAAUAAAACAUGGCAGAAAAAUGAAAACGGACAUUUGUUGCAACAAAAGACUCAAAUGAUCUUAUUGUCCAUAAAUGUUACUUCAUGAGCAAGUGGUGUUUAAAAUCAAGAUGAGCCCAGCAAGAUAUGCAUUUUGGCUAAGACUUUUUGUUCCUAAAAUAUCCUCAGUUUGCCAUGAAGUCUAGUCAUUGCUUAAAACAACUUCACUGCUUCUGUUCUUCCCCCAGUGUACAUUAUCUCAUAUGUUUAACAUGAUUAGUAAGAGCCUUUGUAUUAGGUAAUUCAUUUCUGCUUUUACAGCUUGCUUAGCCAGUGUCCUUAGCCUGAAGGGUUAUCUAAACCCAGUCAGCCCAAUAUAUGGAGUUAAAAACUGACUCACCUUUCAACAUAAAGCAGAUGAGACCCUCAAAAGUGCUAAAACAUAGAGGAUCUUGUUAAUUAGGUUAAAAAUAACUGGAAUAAUGAUCAGGGGAAGAGCGUGCACUAAAGAGGAUUAAAUUUAAGCUUCAGCGAAACAAAGAGGGAGUCCACAAAAACCGGUUUUUCUGCACCAAGAAAACAUUGUGACUGCUAAAAGUUCUCCUGACCAUUGGCAUGGUACAUCUUUGUUAACACAUAGGAUGGAACCAAAAGUAAUUUAAUUAAAGAAGGCACUAUGAUAUGAUAAAGUUAAAUUCAAUCCUCUUUUCAUACAAUAUAACCAAUUGUUAUUUGAUGUGCUGGGUAUAUUUUCAUUAAAAAUUUGGCAGCACAACUGAAAUUCCUGAGUUGGAAAAAAAAAACCUAGAAAAGGAACAGGACUAGAAGAGAGACCCUUUGAUACAGAGAAUGGGGAAACCAGCAACUCACUUCUAGCCCCAUAAGUUAUCAUACUCUCGUAUAAUGCAAAAGGGAAGGUAUAUUGGGUCAGAUGGUCUUUUCCUGUUAUUUGUAUAAUAGUCCCCUGAGGCCCAAUCCAGACUGUACUUGACACUGGGCAAAUGACUUAAGAUAAUUUUUGGUCCAAAGAUUUUACUAUCGAAACAGAAAAAAAAACGAGUGGGAGGUACAGACGUUACACAGAAGGUAAGCAGCAAGCUACAACCAGAACCCAGGUCUCUGGGCUACCCAGUCGGGUGCAUUGUGUACCAGGCCACACUGCCUAAUGUGUCAUACAAUAGCAGGUUUAAAGGACUGCAAGGCAGAUAUCAAAGGCUCCUCCGAUCUCCACAUCCUCCAAGUGACUGGGGCAUGCACACACUACAUGCAGCUGUCGGAGCCAAGGCAAAAAUCUUAGCUUAACCUUAUCUUGUUGGGCCUACGUAUUAAAUGAGUCUUCAGAUAGUCUUAUUUUACAUUCCAUACAGAAAUAGAAAAAAAAAACUGGAAGAAUUAAGAGGUGUGUGUGCAUUGCAGGGAAUAUAUUCCUACUUUCUCCUAAGGAUGGAACCUCUGAAUAUUCCCUGAAAGGCAAAAAACUCUAGAUAUCUGUGUAUGUGCUCUAAGGGGAAAGCGUGGUGGGGGAUUUCUCUUAACUCAUAGCAAUCAAUGCAGCUCUUUCCACACAAGCAAGCGUCACUAUCGUUAAACAUCUAAUUCUAUUUAUGCCCCAAAAUAUCGUUAGUAUCCUUAAAUAUUUGGGCAUGUUGUAUUUCUGUUCUCACUUAGCCUCCAUUCUUUGUGUUUAUCUAGACACUUCACACCAGUUUAAAGGUAGCAGAACGAGAAUGUUUAAAGUGAUCUCUGAAGGGCAAGACCUAAUACAGCAGCUUUAGCUUUCUUCGCACUGCAGUGACUUCAAGCUUUGCAAUAUCUAUCACUAGCUAUUUGAACACUUAUUAAUUGAUCUGGAAUCUGCAGUAUUUUUAAAUGAAAAUUUAGGUCAAUGGCACAAUCCAUUUUCUACCAUUAAAAGAAUUUUCCAUUACAGAAACCUCUAACAUGUAAUUUCAAGUAUGAAAGCAAGUGGUGUAUAUUUAAUAAAAAAAACUAUUACAAGUUUAUUAAGGAUCUAAGACAUUGCUGAAGGCAAGAAGAUUCACUUAAGGAUAAUGGGCCAAAUUCAGCCCUCAUCUAACUCCACUGAUUUCAAAGAAAAUCUGUGCCUGCUUAUAGCAGGGAAAAAUUUGGCUUUAAAUCUGCAAAAUUUGUCAAGUAUAAAUAUUAAGGUACCUGAUUUUUCAAAGAUUCAGAGCACUCAUAGUUUCAAAUAAUUUCAAUGGAAAAUGAGGCAAUGAACACCUCUCAUAGUCAGUCCAUUAAUCUCUAACUGUAGCAUCAAAUGUUACCCUAGGAUCUGGUUGUGUGAACCAACUCUUAAAUCCACGACACAAGACAUAUGUACUAGACAGGGAUUUCUAAGGGUCCUCUUUCAACUCAAUGCGGUUCUAUAACAUGUUCAAGGCAAGGAAAUUCUCUUAAAGAUAGUGGGUCAAGUUCAGCUCUCAACUAACUCUGCUGAUUUCAAAGAAACUGUGCGUGCUGAAAGAGAACACCUCAAUGAGUUAAAUAGGCUUCAAAAUCUUUUUUAAAGACAAGAGCAGGUAUUUUGUAGGUUACUCCUAGGUUAUGUCUACACUAGCAGCACUAUGAUGGUAUAACUACACUGGUAGAUUAUACCAGCAAAGCUCUCUUAGUGAGGAUGCAGUUUAUAAUAGCAGAACUGCCCUUUUGCUAGUAUAGCUUAUUCCAGCCCCCUUGAGGAAAAUAAUUUAUAUCAGCAAGAAUUCAGUUUGCCAGUAUAACUGUGUCUACACUAGGGGCUUUUGCCAGCACAGCUAUGAUGGUAACAAAUCACUCCUCAUCAAAUCCCUGACCAGCACAGCUAUGCCAUCAAGAUUUUGUUGUGUAGACCUGACCUCAGAUUAACAUUUUGGGACAGAUGCUUUUGUCUCAAUUUUCAAAGUGCCUGAGAUUCUAUAUGUCUAUAAAAUUGCAUGUUAGAAAUGUGUUAAAACAGAGCUAACUGUCUUGGACAGGGCUGAAGACUUUUCAACACCUACUCAUCUGAGGCCCAUGCACACUAGCCUGGAUGAAGACCACCUAGACUGCCAUAUACCUUUAUCUUCACUAUGAUUCUGUGAACGCCAGGCAAGACUAGUGUGGCAGCUGUGUAGCAGCAUUCACUAAUGAGAGAAGUGGUAGAUACGCUGGAGUGUAGGGAUAGGGACCUAGACAAAUUAGAGGACUGGGCCAAAAGAAAUAUGAGGAGGUUCAACAAGGACAAGUGCAGAGUCCUGUACUUAGGAUGGAAGAAUCCCAUGCACCGCUACAGACUAGGGACCGAAUGGCUAGGCAGCAGUCCUGCAGAAAAGGACCUGUGGGUUACAAUGGAUGAGAAGCUGGAUAUGAGUCAACAGUGUGCCCUUGUUGCCAAGAAGGCUAACGGCAUUUUGGGCUGUAUAAGUAAGGGCAUUGCUAGCAGAUCAAGGGAAGUGAUCAUUCCCCUCUAUUUGAGAUUAGUGAGGCCUCAUCUGGAGUACUGCAUCCAGUUUUGGGCCCCACGCUACAAGGCAGGCGUGGGAAAAUUGGAAAGUGUCCUGCGGAGGGCAACAAAAGUGAUUAGAGGAGAGGCUGAGGGAACUGGGAUUGUUUAGUCUGCAGAAGAAUGAGGGGGAAUUUGAUAGCUGCUUUCAACUACCUGAAAGGGGGUUCCAAAGAGGAUGGAUCUCGACUGUUCUCGUUCUGUCAUUGGUACCACUGAGGAGUAAUGGUCUCAAGUUACAGUGCGGGAGGUUUAGAUUGGAUAUUAGGAAAAACUUUUUCACUAGGAGGGUGGUGAAGCACUGGAAUGGGUUACCUAGGGAUGUGGGGGAAUCUCCUUCCUUUGAGGUUUUUAAGGUCAGGCUUGACAAAGCCCUGGCUGGGAUGAUUUAGUUGGGGAUUGGUCCUGCUUUGAGCAGGGGUUGGGACUAGAUGACCUCCGGAGGUCCCUUCCAACCCUGAUAUUCUAUGAAUGCAGGAUCGGGUUCCCAGGUGCUCCAUCUUGCUUUUCACUUUUAAGUGGUCAUUACACUGCACCUGCACUGUGCAUGAUCAAACAGAUAUCAAUAGGCCACUGAACACCUUUCAGGGAGUAACUGCUUCCAUUAACAAUGAUUGAACCAAUGACAAAGGCUCUAUCGCCUCAUUAUCCUGAGCCAUGCAAUUCAUUUCUUCCUCUCCCAAGCCUACCUUUUGCAUGUUCUUAGGCUCCCCUUAGAUGCUUUCAUGAGAAAGAGCGAAAUACAAUUCUUAUAAUCAAUGAGACUUAUGGGAGUUGAUUCAUAUUGUUGUUCCUAUACUUGAGGAUCUGCCUAAGAGCAGUUUUUGGGAGAUGGUGAAGUGAAAGACCAAAAGGAUAAAUACCACAUCCUAAGGUACAACCAGACUCAGAAUGGCAACAAGACUCACUGGGGUGAUAAAUCAUUCCUUCAGCCUGGGAUAUUCAAAGGUGCCUAACUGAGUUGAGUGCUUACUUCCUUUAAUUUCAAUGAAAGGAGUUCCCUUAGCCUUCACUGAAAAGCCUAGUUCUAUUAGAUCCAAGCUCCUCCUCAAAAAAAGAUCCCAAGGGGAAGGUCUUUAUUUGGUAUUUUUCAUCAGCACAAGAUUUGGAAAGAGUGAUCAAAAUAUGAACUCAGGAUUUGUCCAAUGGAAUAGUCACAGUAUUAUGCUCCUGAAUAAGAAUUACUGCUGGGUUUUGGGGUACUCAAAUGUGCCAUAAACCAUUAAAAUAGAUCCCAGCCAAUUUAACCAUUGUGUGACUAUAACCUAUUUUGCAAGUUAUAGUAAAAAAAAAAAAAGUUUCCUUUUCAUGAAGUCUGAUGGGCCAUUUUAGUGUGAAAGAAAAUGUAGUGCUCAGGAAGAAUUCCUGUUAGACAGCUCUAGAUGCUACUGACCCAGUGACCAGGCCGAGAUACUGUGAGUUCCCUUAUACCUCCCUGGCUGCUUGCACCUCACUCCUGACCCAAAGGGGCCAUCUCUAAGUGUGAAAGGAGAGCUCAUCAUCAUUGCCCACUGAAAUCCUUGCCCUUGCUGCUGAAAUUGCCAGUGAGGGCCAGUUAGGGCUAUUUAGUGUCAAAUGUGGUUGUAGUUUGUUAUAUGGACACCUGUCGAAGCUGGACUAAGACCCUAUUGAUUUCAUAGGUCAUGCUUAAAGAUUCAGAGGGGUGAGAAUGUCAUGGAUACCGUUAACUUCUUUGUUUCUCAAUGAUUUCAAUGUGGGAAGGCUCUAGGUGGGUCACACCCCAUUGGUCCAGAGGGGAGGUACUGUCAGAGAGUAAGCCAGCCCCACACUCACCGCACAGCAGGGGUAUGGCCAGAAAUUUGAGUGAGUGGCACUGUGGCCUGACACACAGAGUUGCAGCAACACUCACUGCUGCCCAUGCCUGGAGUGAGUGCAGGUCAGGCUCACACUCAACUCCCAGACCCAUGGGACAAGAGCUGCUGUCAUCUGGGGCGAGUGUGGUCAGGCUCACUCUCUCCAGCACAACCUCCGCUCUCCCCUCCCAUUCAGGCCAUCCCCUUUCACCAUGCCAGGAUUAGUGUUUAGUGCCAGGGCAGAGGGUGCUGCUGUGGGUGGUCAUGGCAAGGAGACAGGAGCAGAGGAGAAGGAUGCUGGCCUAUGAUUAUAGCAAGGUACAGCUGAAUUUCAUUUGUCACAGAAUUUUUUAAUCAAUCAGCACAAAAUCCUUGACUUUUACUAAAUUUAUUGUGACUACUCUGAUUUUUGAUAAAAAUGCAGUGACAAAUCUAAAACCUUAGUCAUGGUGAACAGCCAAGAUUAAAAAUUUUUUUUUAAAAUUCUCAUCUUGGUGGCUUUUUUGAUUUUUUCCUGUAGAAAAAGGAGGUCACAUUUGCAAAAAAAAGUUAAAAUAAGAGUUUAUACAGUAUUUUAAAUCCUUACCUUAUAUAUCUGAAGAUCCAGUACCUGUUUCCACAAAAGCAGAAAUCAUUGUAAAUUUGUUAGUACUCUGGAUCUCAGUUGCGAGGUUUCAGUUCCUGCUUCCAUAUCUGUGGAAACCUACAUUGGAUCAUCAAAAGUCAAGGUAAAGUUUUAAAAUAUAGCUUUAGACAACUCCAAGGUACACAAAACAAGCCUUAUCCCUGCCUUAUAGUUUGCACAGCAACCUUUUCAACCAAAAGACUUUAGAUAACAGCCAAACAUAAGACCAUAUAAAGAAAAGGAGGACUUGUGGCACCAAUUUAUUUGAGCAUAAGCUUUCGUGAGCUACAGCUCACUUCAUCGGAUGAAGUGAGCUGUAGCUCACGAAAGCUUAUGUUCAAAUUCGUUAGUCUCUAAGGUGCCACAAGUACUCCUUUUCUUUUUGCGAAUACAGACUAACACGGCUGCUACUCUGAAAUAAGACCAUAUGUCGUCAACGUCAGCUGCUAACUGCUUGCUAAGGUAAGGCCUUGUCUAUGCACGGAAACUGACUGGAAUAUUUAUUGUGGAAUAAGCACAGUGAUUAUUCCAGCAUCAAGUGACUUACUCCAGAAGAGUGUGUCCACAUGGGGAGCUAUUUCAGAACAGCUUAUUCCAGUCAAUCCCCCUGUGUAGACAAGGCCUAAGUGACAAUUUCCCAAGCCAACUGAAGAAUUAAAACCCACUUAACAUUUAAAAAGUGGACGGCAGCAUGGCCAAAUAGUUUGAGCACAAGGACUCCUCACUUUAAUCGUAGCUCUGCCACUGGCCACCUGUGACCUUAAGCAAGUUACAUCACCACUUUGCCUCCAUUUCCCUAUGUACAAAAUGGGGCUAAUGCUAUUCACUGCCUAUAGGGAUACUGUGAGAAUAAAUAUUUGUACAGUUUCAAAAUGUAAAGCAUGUAUAGUGAGUAUUAGUUAUGGGAAAUAAAAAGCAUAUUUAAAGUUUUA